CUGCCGCAUCCUCAUUCGUAGAAUACAAAGUCCAUCUUUCUGCUUCUCCUCGCACAGAAUCAGUGAUCGAUGACGACCAGCUCGAGGAAAAACAGGAAGAAGCGCGGCCACGUGAGCGCGGGGCACGGCCGCAUCGGGAAGCAUCGCAAGCACCCUGGAGGUCGCGGAAACGCCGGCGGGAUGCACCACCACCGCAUCCUAUUCGACAAGUACCAUCCGGGGUAUUUUGGGAAAGUCGGGAUGCGCUAUUUCCACAAACUGCGCAACCAGUUCCACUGCCCCAUCGUCAACGUUGACAAGCUCGUCUCUCUGAUCCCUCAGGAAAUCAGAGACAAGGCCUCCAAGGACAACGUGCCGUUGAUCGACGUCACGCAAUUCGGUUAUUUCAAGGUUCUCGGCAAGGGGAUGUUUCCGGAUAAUCUCCCUGUGGUCGUCAAGGCCAAGCUCAUCUCCAAAACGGCGGAGAAGAAGAUUAAGGAAGCCGGCGGCGCGGUGCUUCUCACUGCUUAAGAAUGAAAGGCAAACAGGAGGCCGACGAAGAAGGCUGAAACCACCACCACUACAACAGAAAACUUGGCCAUUCUUGGAUGCGCAGCCCCCAGUUCAUUAGACACUCUUACACUGCUCAUACACCAUCGUAUACAAUUAUAAUUAAAUUGACAACAAUGUUACAAUGUAAAAAGGAACUUGUGCUGUUUUGUAUGUGUGUUAUUGUAAUGAACGAAUGAAUACCUUAUUGCUA